CCGAAAUAAGAAGAUGGUUCAAUGGACCAAAUUGUUGUUAUGAUUUGGGCAGAUAUUUCUUCGAAAUAACCUUUCACUUAGUCUGCUUUCCAGCCAUCAAGAUGACUACAAAGGCAGCCACUUUUGCGUCCAAGAUCCAUAACCUGAAGGAUUACAGGUAUCGCAUCAUCAACAACACUACGCCACAGCCUACUGGUAUUGAGAUCGAGAACACACUCAAGUACUUUUCUCAGUCACUUCUCAGCGUGCUGAAGGAUGUCCCUAACAUUCCUGCUGAGAGUUAUGGCCCGCGCCAGAGAGACAGUGUCAGACUGUCUGUGUUUCCUAACCUUAAGUAUACAGAGCUCUACUAUGCCGUUCUGGACAUGAUUGAUAUUGUACCAACCAUGCAGGUAAAACAGCUAGAGAUCGGGGAGAAUGUACUGAAGGUGCUGGGCUGUCUUGUACCGUUCCUGGAGCAUGACUUAUUGGAUUCUCUCCCUUACACCGUGGCCUCUACACUGGCUAUUUUCCCCCCGACCCUCCACAAAGACACCAUCGACUUGCUCUGUAGCAACAUGCUGCCGAUGACACUAGGAUUCGAUGGCUGUCUCGAGCCGUCCUAUGCCAGUGAGUCCGCUGCGGCCAUCAUAACUAUGGUGUUACAGCAUACAGAUAAUGGCUCCUUCCACUCUCAGAUCAUGGAGUGUUUUAUGAGCAUCAAGCGGGACCUUAUUAAGGACAUCCUCAGUAUCAUUGCCUAUGGUCCGCCAGCGGGUCGGGCACCAGCGGCCAACCUGUUGUUCUACUACUGGCCACAGCUGAGUCCAUCACAGUCGGACACAGGGAGGCGCAUUAAUUACAGAUAUGUAGCCUGGCCCCCGGUCCUGUGUCAGAGGCGAGGGUGUGUAAACUCCGGAAACUGCCAGGCUGUGAAGAUGUGUUUGAACCCCGCCCUGGCUAUCCACUCCGGUGACAAACCGCCUCCCCUCUACAUCUGUAGUGACUGUGCUGACGUGCUGAGGAAGGAACACAGCGAGUAUAUGACUGACAUACUACUGCCCAUGUCUCACGCUUCAACCAUCUGUGAAAAUAAGAACUGUAAAUCACGAGACAACCUGGCAAUGUGUACGUGUUUCUCGAUUGACUGCGCCAGUUUCAACGGGAACCGUCCAAUUCGGUACUGUCAGAUCUGUCACGAGUCGCGACACAACACUAACCGAGGCCGUAACCAUGUAUACCAUGUCAGUGUACCGGAGAUCUGGGACUGUAGUCUGGAGAUGCAACGCUAUCUCAUGGAUGCCAUUGUAAGUCUCCUGAAGGAAGCCCAGCCCAUCGAGUCUAAGAGAAUGGUCGAGAUGGGAGAUGAACAUCGGCCACAUUUCACUGAUGACGAUGAUUUUUUUGCCAUGGAAGAAGCCGGAGAAAGAAAACUGCUAAGUCGCUACGGCAUUUGGCUGAUGGUGGAGUUGUGCAGCUCUCGAGAGGAUAUUCCUAUUGAGAUCCUGGGCCGUCUGCUCGGCAUGUUGUUCCAGUGGUUUGAUGCGACAGCCUAUCUCCCUGAUGAUAACAUUGGAAAUGCAUUAGAAAAGCUGAAACCUGGUUAUAUCUACGAGUGGCUGGAGGAGAUUGGACACACACAUUUUGAGGUGAUCGUGUCAUGUCUGUUGCCCCACCCAGUCGAGUAUGCCCGUGUUGGUGGGUUCUGGGACACACUGGUGAGCAGGACAACACAAAUCAAGGAGGGCCUCAACUGUUUCUUCUGUCUGGUACCUUAUGACAUCAUCACUUUUGAGAUAUGGGAUUAUGUGAUGCCUUACUGGUUGGAGGCCAUCAGGACAGAGGUCCCUACAGAAGAUCUUCACGAACUCAAAGUUCUUCUCAGCAAAGCCUUUGACAUCCAGUUAUGUCCCCUGCCAUUUACACCGGACAGUCCUGAGAAGAUCCUCCAGUUUAUCUCUGACCGCUUCACUGACACCAGUGCCUAUGUACAGGAGCAAGCACUGCAGUGGCUACAGAUUCUGUCAACACUAGACGUGAUCAUCCCUAUCAACAUGCUGCUGAACAUGUUCCAGAGCGGGGUGGAGAACCUGUGUACUAUCAUCACACAGGGAGAGUCCAAAAAGGCGGGGGCCACAGGUGGUAACCACCAGCAGAUAUUUGCUCCUAGCACCCCUAUAGAGGAAUGCCCUCCACCUCUUAGCCCCGAGAAAUCUCAUGUCGUGGUCGAGGCGUAUGAGAUUUACGACCGUGAGACGGAACUAGUUCUUCCUUGCUUUUGUAUGAUGCUAGACAUGUGUCUAAAACAGCUUGAACUUCAAGAAUUUCCUAAAUACCUUGGCAUUUACAAUGAGACGAGUCGUCAGAUCAUGUCUUUACUGACAUCGAUGCUGAAUGUGACAUGGGACGGUAGCCACACCUGUAGCCAAGAGCUGCAGGCAUCCAGUUGUACGUUCUGUCAGAAUGUGGCCCUGUGGCACCAGCUGACUUCCAAGGUCAUGUGCUGCUACUGUCCCCGUGACACUGCCAAGAUUCCACCCAAGGACGUGCCAAAGAUCGAGGAGGUGAAGUUCUCCUCGGUCAACACCAAGCCUCAUCCUCACGCAUCCUCACCAACUGACAGGAAGAACAAGUGGAAUUUUCAUUUCUUUAAGAAAUUAAAUAUGCUACCAAUUCAGCCAGAGGAGGAGGAAGAGAAGGAAGAAGAGAUCCCCCAGUUUGAUGUAUCCACCAUGCCUAUCCAUCUACAGUUGUUCCACAAGUUCCUACAGGAGCUGUGUAAACUAUCCGACACAGACGCCCUUUACUCUCUGCUUGUGUCCAUGAAGUACCUCAUACUCCACGGUGAAUGUCUGAACUACACCAUCAACCAAUGUCCUGACUUCGUCAAAUACUGCCUGUCCAAAUACUUCAUACCCAAUCUAUGGAAGCUACUGAAGGCCAAACACUCCCACCUAGCAUCAGUUUGUGUACCGUUACUGCUACACUGUCUUACACUACCGACGGGGGCAGACAUUUUCUGGAGGCUCGUAGAGGACGAUUUUAUUUCUGAUGAUUGGCGAUGUAGAUUUGCUGCUGUUGAGAAGGUGAUUGUGUUGGCCAGGGUCCUAGACAGAGAAACCAUACAACAUAACCAGGUCAUACAAACCGCUCUGGCACAUGCCUUCUGUCUCCUCAUUGGCUCUCUCGUUGAUAUCAACGCCGCCAUUGCCCAGAGAACGAUACAGUACUUGGAGACCAUCAAGAAAUCUUCAAUCAAGUGUCUGUGCCAGUGCAUGGAGUUCCAGUUUGACCAUGUUAUCUCAGAUCGGAUCAUGAUCCUGCAGCGGAUGCAACUUCUCUCUAAUGUACUGAAGGACGAGAAGAUCCUGUCCUGGGAGUUUUUCCUGGCUCGCUUUGACAGUCUGUCUUUGGAAGCUCAGCUGGACCUGGAGAACCACGGCGACAUCGCCUGUCCUACAGAUCUAACAAGCAGUGAUAGAGAGAGUGAGCACUUCCUGCGGAAGAUAAACAGAGCCAGGUUUGCGAUGGCACGGACGGACAGUAUCCGGUCACUGAGCACGAGUAUGAACGGGAAACCCCCUUACCGUCGGGCCGUGUCAGUCCCAAUGCAUCUCAUUACCAAGACAACACCACCCAAACUGGACCAAGUCAAAGAGAAAUCCUGUAUCAGACAGCAGUCGGAACCGUAUUUCAACCUCGGACGACGCAUGACCACCAAACUCAACAUGGGCACCUUUGGUAACAUGAUGUUUCCAGGUGGCCAGCUGAAGGAGUUUACAGAUGAGGAGAGUAACUUUACUGCCCUGUUACAGAAAGCCAUGGAUAUGGAGGGAGUGGACAGAGACACAGUCUACACACUGGUCAACCUCCUGAUGAAGUUUAUGGUGAAAUGUGAACAUCAGGAUGAUGAUAAGAACACCAGCAAGACUCAGAAUGUUGUAUUGAGACACCUGAAAAUCUUACUGGGAUAUAAUCAGACAGAAAAAUCCUUCAGCGUGCCUCCUAACAAGCUCAGAUCAUCUGCGGUGUUCAAUGCAUUUCUGUCCGGGGUUCCUGCUGUGCUGGAUCGUAACUUUAGUCUGGGGAAAACCAUUCUACCAAUAACACUGCUGCUUCUCCAGUAUAGCCCGUCCCCACAGCGUUACGCCAGUGACUAUCAACCACCAAACUAUACUUUGUGGUUCCUGGAACCCCACACUCGUAUAUCCUGGCUGUCUACUCUGUUGGUUAUACUGUAUAAGUACCAGUUUUAUACAUCGCCCAUGUCGGCCAUCAUACAGACACUAAUCCACAUCGUGAUCAACACUAUUGACGCCCAGCAUCAUCGCUGUAAGACCUCUCACGAUGAUGGCUUCCCACCCCCGAGUCCUUCCGUCAUUAGAAGCAAAGAUAACAAAAUGAGUAAUGACCUUGAGAAAAUUCAAGAAACGGAAACCCCACCGCAGAGUCCUAAAUCCAAGGAAACAGUGGCUGUGAACCUUAAGUCACCUUCUGAGGCAAGCACCGUGUCCUACACAAAGGAAGGAGGGGCUUCCGGGGGUUGUUUUCCUAUCCGAGAACAGAGCCUGGAGGAGACGACGGAAACACCCAAACGACCCGUCCGACAGCGAAAGCCACGCAAGAUCAUAGAGUACAAUGAACCAGACUUGGUUGGUGGCAAGGGGUCAAAGGUCAAGGACAAGGAAGAAAGUCAGUCUCUCAAAGGGAAGAGUGGGGGAGGUAUCCAUCAUGCUCGAGCUGUCCGUUCCCGCCCGUUGUCUCCCCUUGCCCGCUCGCCUACCACACCCAUCACACGUCCCACAACACCAACUGCCCGGCCACCUUCACCAGCCAAAAUUCUCACCACCCCUACAGAGGAGAAACAGAUUUCACCCUCAACUGUGGAGAGUAUCAUGGCCCAGCAACUCCAGGCAUUUUCUACUUCUAAACCGGACAUAAUGACUGAAAGUUCAACAGAUAAAACAAAGGCAACCAGCAAGGACGGUAGUGCCAUUGUAGAACCUGUAUCUGUGAUACCGGCCUAUCUCAGCGGCAAGGCCACGCGGUCAGCAGCUAGCAGUAUCACGGACGGAUCCAGCUCUCGAUCAACCACUACGACCACAGCCGACAUAAGUCACGGAGGAAUGUCGGAGAUUGAGAGUGCGGAGGAUAGCGAGAAGACACAGACAACAUCUGAUGCUGAUGAUUCGGAGAAACACACAGAUUCUGGAGGCGAUUUAACACAGGAAGACAAUAAAGGUGAACAAGAUCUGCUGACCUUGCCCGGCAGGUGUAAUACCAUCAAACCAAACUUCCGCCAGAGGAAGGCGCGUAAGACCGGACUGACCACUGUGGAGCUACAGAAGAUUUAUCCGGAUAUGACAGAACCAUCUCCCGAGGAACACAAACCUACAGGUCGCAGAUCAAGAAAGAAUGAGCAGCUAACGAACCGAAAAACUCCUAAAAAGCCGACCUCGUCCCGGUACGGUGAGAAUGUGAUGGUGGAGCGAUGUCCCGAGUGUAACGCUAUACUGGAACAAUACGAUGAGGACACCAUUGGUUACUGUAUUGUAGUACUAUCUACAUUUAUACACCGGGAACCGUCACUGGCCACGCCCCUUCUGUUGGAGACAUUACAGUGUGUGUCCAAAAUUGCCUCCAGUAGCCCGUUUGUUUGGCAAGGAGAAAGUAACCUGAUGGUCCCCGGUAACAGCGUCAGUAUCGCCCGUCAGUUCCUUCGCUGCUGUCUACACCAAUUGGCACCUAACGGAGUGUUUCCAAUGUUGUUCCAGAGUAACCUUGAAGACCCUCCAUUUUUCAAAACGAUGGCCGCUGCAUUGGUGGACUUCAAUGAGUUAACCUGCCAUGCUCCUAUUCAGUUUCUCUUAGAGGGGUUGAACAACCGUAAAAAUCUGCCGUCUCCUGAGAAUAUUAUGACACUCCUGAACAAUCUGUCCACCUAUAUGAACUACAUCUCCCUAGAAACCUCCGCUCCCAUGGUGACCAGCAUCAUCAGCCAGUUUGACAUUUUCAUGAGGAAGCUACCGACUGUGUUGCCGAACCCGUGUGACACCACAGCUCUCCUUAAGAUCAUCCUGGCCAUCCUCAAAGUAUCGGGCAUUAACAACGCUAGGUAUAUCCUUGAACCAUUUUCCAAGCUGCUCAGCUUCACCAUACAGAACUGCUCCUUCAAACUCCAGCAUAUCCUCGACAUCUGUUCCGUGUGUAACCGAGUCUUCUUCAAGGAACGGGACAAGCUCUAUCUUACCAGAACUGUUAUUUUUGAACUGAUGCAAGCUAUGAAGUUUAAACACAGUCUGCCUGACGAGAACUUCCUCCUUCUUGUACAGUUUGUGGUGCUGGAUGCAGGAGGCACCAUUGGAAACACAAACAUCGUUGGUGAAGGAGGCAUGUUGUACCACAGUCAUGCUAACAUGCUCAUCAGUACGUGUGCUGCGGAGUGUAUGAGGGACCAUCUACAUGACUCCAUUGAAUUUGUGGCUGACCCCCACACACUAACCAAGGUCAAGAGUAAUAUGAAGGGAGGAUCUAGCAGUCUUAAUGAGGACACCCUCGGGAGCCAGCUGAAGUCUGGUAUAGCCCAGUAUGUUUCCCUGGAGAUGACACGCGGCAAUGGUCGCGAUAACAGGGCCAUUUCCCGCUACCUACCGUGGCUAUAUCACCCUCCGUCCACUGUACAACAGGGACCAAAGGAGUUUACUGAUUGUAUCGGACAUAUCCGUCUACUGUCCUGGCUCCUCAUUGGCUCACUGACUCACACAGCAAUGACAGAAGGCUCCGCCCCCAUCUCUUGCCUGCCAAUCCCAUUGGAUGCCAGUACCUAUAUUGCUGAACAUGUUCUCGUUAUCAUGACAGGAUUUGAUGAAAGGUCAAAGGACAAUGUUCUACACAUGAGCUCCCUUUUCCAUGCCUUUAUACUGUGCCAGUUGUGGACAAUGUACUGCGAGUCUGCUGCGGCCCAGCACCCUAUCCACAGUGAUAGCUACAAAGUGGCUUCCUCUACCGUGAUGGACUUCUGGGGACGAGUAACUCCAGGAAUACUACAGAUGCUGUCUACGCCAAAGGAGCCUGGGCUGGCAGAGAAGGUCAACCUACACUUCCUGAGUCUGAUGGAGGCCCUGCGAGAGUGUAACUCCUCUGUUUUGGCGAAGUUGUUUCCGAUGUGGACGACUAUUUUAUUUACUCAUCACUCCAGCCUGUCGGGCCAUCUCCAGGUGAAGUUACAGACAUGCGAGAAUUGGGAACCUCCCAGUCCAACCAAAGACUUAGCGUCAGUCAACUCCACAGUUCUUCUUAAUUGGCUCAAACGUAGCCAGUUUAAACUGGGUCAGACCGAGGUCCAGUCCUCUGCUGCCACUCAGUUUUACGCUAUAUAAGUGACCAUCUUAAUUAAGUGAUUUUAUGAUACUUAUAAAUGGGUGUUAACCUAUACUUGGUCAGUUCUUAAGGACACACUUUAUGUUUAUUAUCCACAGGGGCUUGGCACAAAUACUCAUUGAACCCAUGAUUCAUGUUAUAGUUUGAGAGAUAAAACAAGAUUUGAAUAUUUCAGUUGAUGUAUAUAUGUAAUAAAUCGGGAUUCAUGAUCAUUGAAAGAAAAGAAAAAAGAAAUAAAAAAAUAUAUUAUUUAAAAUUUAAAAACUUUGUGUCGUAGGUUGGGAAUUUGUGACAAGACCCUGUGAUAAUAUCUACAAAAAAUACAAUUUUAUCAGUAUUAUGUUACAUGGAACCAAAGUGUUAUUGACAGCAGUUGAAUACAUACAUAUAUAUAUAUGUGUAAAUUGAAACUAUCUGAAAAGUCUACUUCCAAGACACAAGUAUUACUUAUUUCGUACCAUCCUUUCUGUACAGUUUAUUUGUACUUUAAAAUAAGUUUAAAUGACAGUUCAGUGUAUCCAAUGAUUUGUCAGAGUUUGGUUUCAAUAUCAUGUACGAUGAUAAACUGUUUUAUGAAUAUUAGAUAUGCUUUGAUUUUCCUGAAUUCUCAUUGAUUCUCAUUGGCUAAUUUAGACAUGGUCACGUGUGAGGUUACUACUUUGUGAUAUUGACCUGAUAUUUCUAAUUUUAGAAAUACCGGGUCAAUAUUGCAUUAAUAGUGUGCUAAUCAUUGUGAUGUCACUAUGCCCGAAUAAAAUUUCCUGUUAUGAAGAUAAAUAUAAUGCAAUUCCAACCUUUUGUAAACAAUUUUCACAUAAAAAAUUUUAAUCUUUGAUUUGGUCAUUAUGGUAUUACAGAAUCUGAAAUAUUGACCUUGUUAUAAUUUGAUUCAGAUUCUAUCAGGUUGGUAUAACACCAUACUGACCUAUACUCACCAGAGGACCAGAAUUAUUACCAGUAAUACAUUAACAAGUUCUCUUUUACAGGACACUUGUAUAUCGUGCAAUCAGUGGGUAACAUAGUUUUUGAUCUAUAUCUGGUGCAAUAGUUUGGUAAUUAACAUACCAUUUUUUUUUGUAACAAGUGCAAUAGUUUUUUUGAGUUUACAACAUGGAUUUUUUAUGUUGUAAAUAACAUAGCAUCAAAUUUGUUUACAUUUUUUAGCUUGCCUAUUUAAAGAAUAUUGUUUUACAUUAAUGACAUUGUUAAGUUAAGGUUCGUGUACAAGUGUUAAUGUUGACAUAUAUCUAAAAUGGACAUUUAUCUACUACUAUUUGUACUGCAAUGCUGAUAACAAUGAUGGGAGUCAUACAGAGCAGUAAAAUAAGUAACAAUAUAUAUGUUUGAAGUCAUUGAGACUAAGUUAACUAUUGAUGCCGUAAACAAACUCAAAUUUUGGUUUAAGUGUUGAAAAUUAUUUCUGAUGACAGUGCCGAUGAGUGGAAAUUUAAUUUCUACACAGAAGUGGAAAAAAUUCAACAUUUUCUUCACUUAUUUUGAAUUAUGUUUUUUAAUGGCAGAGCUGUAUGCUGGUCUCCCAACAACACUUGUCAGAUUUAAUUAAGCUAUGUAUUUGAUGAAGUAUUAAUACAGAUGUACAUGUAAUGCCAAAUUCUAGGUAAAUCAAAAUCUGGCUCUCUGAAUGAGAGAAGAGGCCCAUCAUUCAAUAUACAUAAAUAUUUGUAUUUAAUAUUGUAUUCAACCUAUUCAUCUAUCCCAGUAAGCACAUACUGGAUACCAUCAUUUUCUUCACUAACCUGACCUCAGAUUUAUCAAUAUUCCUUAACUUAGAAUUGUAGGAAAGCAUUACAGAAGUUAAAGAAGGUUUAUUAAAGAAGGAUUCUUCCUUCAAUCCAAUAUUUUUUAUUGAAAAUUUCAAGCAAAGGAAUUUCCGCCAUAGGAUACCCAAGGUUGAUCGCACUACGCUACGCUACAUCAUGUGAUAAGCGUAGUGCCAUCAACCAUGGGGAUCCGAUGAUGAGGAAUUUCAUUAAGUUAAGGAACGUCAAUGAAACCAGGGAUUGACAAUAUCUGAUGAAUCAUUGUGAAAAGAUAAAACACUUAUAUUUUCAAAUGCUGAUUUCAUAUGGAAACAUUUUCAUAAUAACUAUUUGAUAAAAUGCUUUUUUUUUUCAAUGCUGAUUUCAUAUGGAAACAUUUUCAUAAUAAUUGUUUGAUAAAACACACCCAUUUUGUGUGUUGUUAUGACAGCUAUGGUACAUUGGCACUAAAUAUGUCAUAUUGUUGAAAGUUUUAACUUCAGUUAUGUUUAUCGUAUUAGACCUAAUAAGCGCACACUGCAAAAACACAAAAUAGCCUGAAAUAGGUGUGCUUAAGGUAGACCGACCCUUCUGUGACGUCACAGUCAUGAGUCCGGCGAUCCGGCGUCCGGCGAUCCGGCGUCCGGGUCCUUGAUUAUACAAUGUAUAACGCACAGUUUACAUCCGGUUUGAUAAUUUUAAAGUCAGCUGAUCAGAGAUAAAUGUUUACGCCUACAACAGAAUGCGAUCAAGGGGUAAAGGGGGGCAGUUUUGCAAAACUAGAAAACAAGGAAAGGCUGAUGCUCUAAUUGACGCGAGAACAAAUAGAUGGUCCAUUGAAAAGAAGGACAGUGCCGUAUUACAUCAUGUUACAGUCUCGGCGGAGAAAAUUUAUUUAUAUCUAGUCAGGAAGAGGUCAGAACAUCUCAAACUCAUGGCAAUGAAGAAGAAGAGGACAUUUCAUGGCGUACAGGCCGACGAUUUACAGGCCGACAAAUAGUCGAGUUGGAGACUUUAGCCCAUGCUUUGAAAUCAUGUGCACUUUGCGGCAACCCACUCCAUCUGUCAGAUUGUGUUGGGGAACGCAACGGCCUUGCCCACAUGUUACACGUGAGAUGUUGCUAUUCGGAAUGUGGUGUAAUCAAUCAUGUUACAACCGGGAAAUCGGGAUGUGAACAUUUUUUUUAUUUAUUUAUAUAUCUAUAUAAAAUUAUUGGUUAAAAGAAAAGAUUAUAUUAACAAAUCGGUGAAGUAAGAAAAUUUUUAUGCAUGUUUGUUUCAAUAUUAGCACACCCAUCUUAUUUUUCUGAAAACAGAUGGGGGUGCCCUUAUAAGAUUGAAUACGGUAUUUGUGUAGGUAGUGUCGGAUCUUGAUGAUAGCUUUUUGUAUCUGAUGGAUUUAUAAUGUUGAACUUGCCAAAAAACUAAUAUACAAUAACAUAUUAUAUAUACACCCGUGUCUGUCGAUAUAAAUAUCAAUUUAGUUUUUAUUUAUUAGUUUUAUAUUAUAUAGCAAUUGUUGUUUAUUGCAGUGUAUUUAUUGAAAAUAAAUUGUUGUCAAAAGAUUUUUUUCUUUUUUAUACAUAGUAAGGAGGUGAACGCUGGCAAAUAUUAGAAAAUUACCAUACUAAUAUUAGGACACUCACAUAAAUUGUUUUAUGAAUUGAAAUAUGAAAUUUUAUGUAAUGGAUUAAUUAACAGUAAAAUUUGGUUUGAUAUAAGGAAUCCAACAGAACCAGAAGAGAUAAUUCGUUUUAUCGGAAAUUGAAUUACAGGGUUUAAGGAUAUAUAAGGAUGAGCCCUAUUGGAGAUUUAAUUUACUUCAUUAUAAACAAAUUCAAAUACAAUGAAUGUCAAGCCUGGUCAUCUAAGAAAAGUUUUACUGUCUAUCCUUUGAGGUUUGAUCUCCUUCACCUUAGAGUAGAUUAACUGGAUAAUGAUUCAACUCUUGUGUGAAUUCUUCAAAAGAAAAUUUGCUGCAUUUGGCCAGCAGCUAAAAAUGCCUUGAAAAUAAGCCAUGAAAUACUUGCUAAAACAGCCACUUAUUUUCAAGAUUUGAGUAUGUAGCCGACACACAUGAGAAUUAGGACUGUGAUAGCUAAGCCAAUAAGCAUCAGACAAAAUAUGUUUGAUCCCUUCAUGGAGCAGUUUGUAUUUCUCACGGAAGUUAGUCAGUUAUGGAUCGUCCUGUGCUGUUGUGGUUGCAACCUUGGACAACACAAAUUUCUCAUUGCUUUGGAUGGCAUGUGAUGGGCCUCCAAUAUGUUGUGCUGUGAGGAAGUCAACAGCUACUACUGAGGAAGUCAACAUCUACUACUGAGGUAGUCAACAGCUACUACUGAGGAAGUCAACAUCUACUACUGAGGUAGUCAACAGCUACUACUGAGGAAGUCAACAUCUACUACUGAGGUAGUCAACAGCUACUACUGAGGAUGUCAACAUCUACUACUGAGGUAGUCAACAGCUACUACUGAGGAAGUCAACAUCUACUACUGAGGUAGUCAACAGCUACUACAAGGAUACUCAAAAUGACCCUGGCUGUUUGUGAGGCGAUAAACCCAGCAACAAACAAACCCAAGAAAAUUGCCUAGAAAUCAAUGUGUACAUUAGUUAAGCAUCAUGAUUUCCAUUCAUACUUGUAAUAAAUGUCAUUAAUAAAGAAUUAUUAGGCAUCAUAAAGACAAUGAAACACAAUUCUAUUGUAACGUGAAUUUUAUUUUGAUGAUUUCAUUAUAUUGGUAGCGUGGUCAGCAGCAGCCAUCUUGGAUCUACACCAUACUGAUCACAUGAUUAAUAAUAAUGAUAAUUAAUAAUAAUAAUAAUAAUAAUAUAAUAAUAACAAAAUCAACAGUCAAAACACUGUUGACCUACAUGUUCAUGGCCUUCUGUGUCAACCAAUCAUUGGUCACCUCUGUCGGCCAAUCAGAGUUGGAACUUUUUACCGUACACAUAAGCAGGGGGCGGGGCUUAAACCUGAUGACAGCUAACUGGUGCUUCUUACCAAUUUUUCAAAUAGCCUGGUGCUACUUGACAAUUGUCAAAUACACAACAAGCUUGAUUUGUCAAAUAUGCAAGAAGCCAGGUUUACUUGACAAUCGUCAAGUACACAAAUGGUGACGGAUCGCAUUGUAUGAAGUAAAUAGGGAACGCAGAUUUUCAAAAUGGCUGGCCUACAUGUAUUGAACUCAAGGCUACCAAGGUUAAUCAUAGUUUAUGUAUGUAAUGAUAUUGCCAAACAUAUGGUACUAGAAAUUUUAAAGGUUAACCAGCCAUCGAUGAGUUAUGAGUUCAAUAUAUAUACUGCGAUUUCCUUUAGACAGAAAUCAAUCAAAUUCUGUAACAGUUUGAAAACUUAGCGAAUAUAUUGGAAUUGAAAGCUCAUCAACUGAUGGUUAUCUGCAGAAUUUAGGCAAUAUGACAACAUAUGUAAUAUAAUUUUUAUAAAACUUGUAUAGCCUUGUUUUUUCUGUGCUUGGUACGGAUGCUGCCAUUUAAAAAUUUGUGUUACAUAAUAAUUUCAUACAAUGUUGAACCCCACCAUGUAAUAGCUUGGAACAAAUGCUACUUAAAAAUUGUGAAAAAGACAUAUAGCUUAUUCAUAAUGUACCAUUGCAAUUUAGCAAUUGUGAAAUACACAAAUAGCCUAGUUGUUAAAAUUUAUCAAAUAAAUGUACACAAAUUACCUGAUGGUACAUUGUAUAUAACAAAUGUCAUAUACAAAAGUGAUUUGUUGCUUUAUUUCAAUUUCAACAAAGUUUUAUUGACUUUCAAUAUGUGAAAUGGAUUGGACAUCGGGCUAAUCCUAUGUUAGUCCAAAUUAUCACAAAUGUGGAGUAACAUUGUAAUACUCAAUUUCUCAUGGCAUUUUUACAUUUGUACAAAUACAAAUUGCUUGAUGGUAAUUAAAAUGUUAUUUAAACAAAAUAUUCUGGUAAUUACUCAACAAUUGCUAAAUAGUCAAAAACAUUUAUGGUAUUUAGCAACUGAUGAAUACACAAGCAUAUUUAGGUCAUUAACAGAUUUUUACAAGUAUAUUUCACACACUCUGUACACCACACCUAUCGUCUAGUGAGUAUUGCCACACAAAGCCAAGUUUAACUGAUUAUUAACCAAUUUCAACAGGAAUAUAUAUUUCUGCAAGCUUUCAGUCUUGUAUAUAGAUCAUAUAUAUUGUUUACUUGAAAAAAAAAAAAAAAAAAAUUGUUGAAAAACUCAUGCUCUCU